UGUUAGAAAAAAUCCCAUUAACUUCUGCGAAGAUAGAGAUGCAAGUUACUUUUUUCCGAACUUAGCUAAGCUACAUUUAAGGCAUAACCGUCUGACGGAGACGUUCAGUUUUCUUCUUCACUGCCGAUGUUUGCCUAAUUUAGUGUAUCUUGAUAUCUCUUACAACCCAGUUAACAUAAUUUUGUCAAACUCUUUUGUUACUUGCCAUAAACUAAAAACUCUAAUUCUAGAUCACAUACUGGAAUUAGGUGUUAACUUAGAAAACACAUCCUUGACCUCUGAUGUUCUACAGACUCUCUUUAUAGGAAGCAAUGAUAUUGGGAAUGUAGAUUAUAGGUUUCGAUUCGUUUUCAACUAUUGUCCAACUUUGAAACGAUUACAAAUUAUGAAUGUAAAUUUUUCGUCCUUUGCAAAAUUUGAUUUCUCGGUUAUGCUUCAACCUCUAAGAAAGUUGAAGUCAAUUUCCUUUAUCAAAUGUGAGUUGUACCACGUUCCCUAUGUGAGGAAUAUGUCAGAAAUAAAGAAGUUGAUUUUAAAUUUUAAUAAAAUAAAUGUAUUAUAUGCAGAGGAAUUUGAAAAUCUAAGAAAACUGCAAAAAAAUAUCCUUUAUUGGCAAUCAACUUAUCACCAUCCAGAAAUCAUUUCUCCCUGAUUUUGUCUGGAGAAAGAAAGAAAUCACCAUCGACUUUUCCUCAAAUCCUUAUAGUUGCGACUGUAAACUUGAAUGGUUCAAAAUGUGGUUGAAAAACAAUAGCAUGAGGAUGAAAAAGUAUCCAAAUGAUUACAUCUGUCAAAGUCCACAAAAAUGGAAAGGGCAUGUUCUUGCCGAAUUUCAACCACGUGACUGUCAUUUACCAAACCAGUAUUUAAUAUUGUCCUUCAUUGUGUGUGGAAUUCUUGUCAUCAUUUUAUUUUCUGUUGUAAUAAUCAGAAAACUUCGAUGGGACAUAAAAUAUUACAUCCACAUGUGUUCACACAGACAGUCAAGUUACAGAAAGCUUGCUGAAGAUAAAGCGGAAUUUGAUGGUUUUGUUGCCUACAGUUCAAGAGAUCGAAGGUGGAUAAUGGCCGAACUAGUGGAACAAUUGGAAAAGAGGCAUAGCUACAGUCUGUUUCUUUACGAAAGAAAUUUACUACCAGGAGGAGUUUUCAUUGAAGACAUACAUAACAGUAUCGACUGCAGUCGAAAAUUAAUCCUUGUUUUGUCAAAUAAUUUUAUGUCAGAUCACUGGUGUCAAUAUGAAGCAGCUAUAGCAAACCACACAGUCGCCGAUGGAAAAGGUGACAAAAUCAUAGUUAUUCUGCUGGAAAAUCCCGAUACAAAACACAUUACAAGCUCCUUUAAAACACUUUUAAAAUCUACGCAGAAUGCAGAAUGGGCAAACAGUGUAAAUGGACAAAAACUUUUUAGGAAGAGAAUUAUCGAACUCAUGGCAAAAUGAUUUUAUAGAUAAAAUUGUGGAUACAGGCA